UUUCGGCAAUUGAACGCCGAUGUAAAAAAAAACAAGAACAACACGCGGCGAAAAUUAUACAAAAUCUGCAAAAACAGUCAUAAAAUAGUUAAAUUAAGCCUACUAAAGAACCAUGGCUGAUGUGCUAGAUAUCGAUAAUGCAGAAGAGUUUGAGGUUGACGAAGAUGGUGACCAGGGCAUCGUGCGCUUAAAGGAGAAAGCAAAGCAUCGCAAGGGACGCGGCUUUGGCAGCGACAGCAACACGCGCGAGGCUAUUCACAGUUACGAAAGAGUGCGCAACGAGGACGACGAUGAACUGGAACCAGGGCCACAGCGAUCCGUCGAGGGCUGGAUUCUAUUUGUGACAUCCAUUCACGAAGAGGCGCAAGAGGAUGAGAUCCAAGAGAAGUUUUGCGAUUACGGCGAGAUUAAAAACAUCCAUUUGAAUUUGGACCGUCGCACGGGCUUCUCAAAGGGCUAUGCUCUGGUUGAGUAUGAGACGCACAAGCAAGCGCUGGCUGCCAAGGAAGCGCUGCAUGGCGCUGACAUCAUGGGCCAGACGAUUCAAGUAGAUUGGUGUUUCGUCAAAGGACCGAAACGCGUCAAAAAGUCGGAGAAGAGACGCAGAUAAACGACGAUUUGGAGGCCAAUGAAAUACAUUAUAUGUAACUUAAAUUAGCAUAAUCCCAACUUGUCUUUAACAUACACAAAGAAACCGAAAUACAAAUGAAAUAAAAUUUAUUGCAGCAGCAACAGUUUGAAUAUAA